CGUUUCACGUCACUUGCUGAAACGGUUGCGGUCGAGGGCGUCGGGGUUCACGUACCAAGCUUUAGAUGCCGGAUGAUCCACCUCGGCAUCCCUAACCACCACGUCCCCCGUACAGACUCCCGCGCUGCUAUCCCCCCGGCUGCUGCCCUGUCGCAGCCACUAUGAGCCGCCAAUAGCAGAGCACCGCACCACGACCGCCGCCAUGUCCGACGAGAAGCACCGCUACGAGCCCCCGGAGCUGCCGCCCAUCCCGUCCUACGAGGAGGCGACCAGCUCGCGCCACACAUCGACCGCCCGCCGGGGGCCCAACGAGGCCAGCGACGACGCCGAGCGGCAGGGCCUGCUCGCGCCCGAGGCCAGCGGGCCCGCGCGGCGCAAUGGCUACUACCACCCACCCAGCGUGCAGUCGGUCGACGACGGCGACUCGGAGCUGGGCAGCCCCGUGCGCGAGAGCCACGAUGAAGAGCAGCGCAUCAUGGAGGAGAUGGAGGUGCUGGACCCCGAGGCCGCCGACGACGACCGCGCACGCCGCCACCGCGCCCGCGGCCGCUUCUCGAAGCGCUUCGCCAGCCUCACCAGCAGCCUGUCCGGCCUGCAGCUGCCGCGCCUGCGCUGGCCGCGCCGCCUGCGCCCCAGCUUCGCCUUCGUCACCGACCGCCUGCCCACCGUGCCCGACGAGUACCGCCCCGGCUGGAGCGUCAUCGCGCGCCUGUGCGGCCUGAUUGUCAUCGUGUCGCUGGUCUACAUGCUGGUCGUCAGCGAGGUCGUGCCCAUGGGCGGCGGCUUCGGCACCCAGUUCAACGCCGAGUGGGUGCGCCAGCAGGUCCAGAAGAACAUCGAGCCGUGGCGCAUCGAGAAGAGCCUCGAGUACCUGACCAGCUACGACCACCUGGGCGGCACCGAGGGCAGCUACGUGCUGGGCCAGUGGAUCGAGGGCAAGUUCAAGGACGCCCAUAUGGACACCUUUGUGCACGACGAGUACUGGGUCUACAUGAACUACCCCAAGAAGGGCGGCCGCCGUGUCGAGAUUGUCGACCCGCCCGAGAAGCGCUGGAAGGCCAAGCUCGACGAGCCGGCCGUGUACAACCCGCCCAAGGCCCAGACCCCCGCCUUCCACGCCAUGUCCGCCUCCGGCAACGUGCAGGGGCCGCUGAUCUACGUCAACUACUGCGACAAGAAGGACUUCAAGCGCCUGUGGGACAGCGGCAUCGACGUGCAGGGCGCCGUGGUGCUGUGCAGGUCCUACGGCACCCAGCCGGACCUGGCCAUGAAGAUCAAGUCGGCGCAGAACGCUGGCGUGGUCGGUGUGCUCGUCUACUCGGACCCCAUUGAAGACGGCUUCAAGAAGGGCAGCACAUGGCCGGACGGGAAAUGGCGGCCGGCCGACAGCGUGCAGCGCGGUUCAGUCGCGCUGUCCAACAUGAUCCUCGGCGACCCUCUCACACCUGGCAGGCCAAGCUCGAAGAAGCAGGACCGCAUGCCCAAGGACAAGAACCCCGGACUCGUCAAGAUUCCCAGUCAACCCCUAUCCUGGAAGGACGCCCAGAAGCUGAUCAAGUCGCUCCAUGGAAUCGGCGAGGAGGUGCCGGAGGACUGGACAGGCGGCGUACCAGACGUGGGCGACAAGUGGUUUUCUGGCCACCCCGAUAAGUCGCCCAGGGUCAACCUGUUCAACGAGCAGGACGAGGUCGAGCAGCAGCGCAUCACCAACGUGUUUGGGUCGAUUCGCGGCCUCGAGGAUACCGCGCAUAAGAUCAUCAUUGGCAACCACCGCGACUCGUUCUGCUUUGGGGCUGGAGACCCUGGCUCUGGUACUGCCAUCAUGCUCGAAGUCGUGCGGGUACUGGGCGAUCUCCGCGCGCAAGGCUGGCGUCCACUGCGCACCAUCCAGUUCGCUUCGUGGGACGCCGGCGAGUACAACCACAUCGGCUCCACCGAGCACGUCGAAGCCAACGUCGACUCCCUCCGCGAAAACGCCCUCGCCUACAUCAACAUCGACGCCGCCGUCACCGGCGACAAGCUGUGGGCCAACGGCUCACCCAUCUUCUCCCACGCCUGGCACCGCGUCCUCGACCGCCUCAACGACCCGCACAACGACAACAAAACCCUCAAAGAAGUCUGGGAAAUGCAGGGCUCCACCGUCGGCAACCUCGCUGCGGACCGCGACUCCGCGCCCUUCCAGUUCAUCGCCGGCACCUCGUCCAUCGACUUCGGCUUCGGCGCGCCCUCCGGCCGCAACUCCAUGUCCGGCUCCUGCUACGAAACCUUCGACUGGAUGGCGCAGCACAUCGACCCGGGCUUCUCCUACCACGCCAUCGCCGCCCAGAUCCUCGUGCUCUUCAUCCUCGAGCUCGCCCAAGAGCCCAUCAUGCCCCUGCGCCUGACCAACUACGCCGUGCACCUGCAGGCUGAGGGCCAGGCGCUGCUCGACGACACGGAGAAGGCCGGCGGCGACUUCGACAUCGCCAUCUUCGAGCCGCUGGUGCGGAGCAUUGGUGCGUUGAAGGAGAAGGCUGACGAGUUUCACAAGUGGGAGACAUACUGGUAUAAUCAGGUGUACGCGACGGGCGGCUUCGAGACAGGGGGUGUGACGAUGCAGCGCAUUAAUCAUAAUAACAAGAUGGGCCAGUUUGAGAGUAUGUUGUUGGAUUUGCCGGUGGACGCAAAGGACGGGAGUCCCCGCGGCCUGCCCAACCGCGAGCAGUUCAAACACAUGCUCUUCGCCCCUUCCAUCCACAACGCUCACGCCGCCAGCGUCUUCCCGUUCGCCCGCGACGCGCUGGAGGCCAAGGACUGGCCGCGUGCGAAAGAGCAGAUCAAACGGACCGCGGAGAGUCUGGAUCGCGCGAGUGAUCUUCUGGGGCCGGGGUAGUACCGCGAUCCCGAGGGGGCCAGUCGCGGUUCUGCGUUUUGGGCAUGUGCAUUUUUUGGCGUUGGGUGCAUUGGGGGAUAGAAAUUGGGCUGCUGCUGGCUCCAAUGGAGGAUUACAGCGGCCUGGGACGCGCAGUCGAUAUCAAUUACUUCACUCGAAUCUGCGUUGCUGGACGCCUUACAACUGUGUUCGUUGUUGUGCAGUUUUAUCUACGCAUGUCUAACAUGUGGAAGAUGGGUUGAAGGGAUUGCUAAUUGUACAUGCGGCAUUGCCCCAUGUCGUGGAUAGUGGCAGGCAUCUGCGCCACGACAAGGCAUUCUGACGACAUCGCGUUGCUGCAGAGCAUCGUCGGCAGAUCGGCCCUUUGCCCCAUCGCAUCCCAAAGCGGUAAUCGCAACAGUCGCAACUCAAGUGGGUCCUCUCACCACC